CUCUUUGUUCUCCUGGACCAAAUGUUCUGCUGCUGUUAGUGAAACCUUCUGAUUUCACUGAGGAGAACAGACGAACACUGAAGUUCAUCCUGAGUCUGUUUGGUCCAGAUGCUUUUAAACACUCAAUGGUCGUCAUGACACAUGAUGGGAUGGAAACAAGUGUCUCUGUUAGUCAGCUGCUUCAAGACUGUGGAGGAAGACUCUUCAACAUGUUUGAAGAUAAACACCAACUGUUGAUGAAGAAGAUUGAGAACAUUGUGCGUGAAAACAAAGAAACCUUCCUCACCUUCUCUGAAGAGCGUGAACACAUGAAACCAGCUUUAAACCUGGUUCUGUGUGGGAGGAGAGGAGCAGGGAAGACUUCAGCAGCCGAGGCCAUUUUAGGUCAGACAGAGCUUCAUUCAGUCUCCAGCUCAUCAGAGUGUGUUAAACAUCAGGGAGAGGUGAGAGGACGUCAGGUUUCCCUGGUGGAGCUUCCUGCCUUGUACGGAAAACCUCAGGAGGAAGUGAUGGAGGAAUCGUUCAGGUGUAUCUCCCUCUGUGAUCCUGAGGGCGUCCAUGCCUUCAUCCUGGUCCUACCUGUGGGUCCCCUCACUGAUGAAGACAAGGGAGAGUUAGAGACCAUCCAGAACUCAUUCAGCUCUCCAGUCAAUGACUUCACCAUGAUUCUGUUCACUGUGGAAGACAUCCAGGAGCUGCUUCAGAGCUGUGGAGGAAGAUCUGUUGUUGUCAACAUCAAGGACAAGCAGCAGACCUCUGAGGUGUUGGAUAGAUUGCAAAAAAUAAGACUCGACAAAGAAAAACCAUCCAGCUACACAACAGAGACAUUUGCACUUGCUCAAAUAAAGAAGAUCAUACAACAAGAGAAACACAUCACCACACUGCAGACUGAACUUGAGAACUGGAGAACAAAAGGCAAAGUCAGUUGUGACGAUGAGACUCAGAGCCCAGAGCGUCUCAGGAUCGUGCUGAUAGGGAAGACUGGAAGUGGAAAGAGCUCUACAGGAAACACCAUUCUGGGAACAGAGAAGUUUGAAGCGGAUAUUCGUCAAACAUCAGUCACCAAGUUUUGUCAGAAAGCACAGAGUGAGGUGGACGGUCGUCCUGUUGUUGUGGUUGACACUCCCGGUCUGUUUGACAAUAGUUUGUCUCAUGAAGAGGUUAAUGAGGAGAUGGUGAAGUGCAUCAGUCUUCUAGCUCCGGGACCACAUGUCUUCCUGUUGGUGUAACAGAUCGGACGACUCACACCAGAGGAGAAGGAGACACUGAAACUCAUUAAGAAAGUCUUUGGGAAGAAUUCAGAGUCGUUCACCAUCAUUCUUUUAACUGGAGGAGACUCACUGGAAGACAAAAAGCUGUCGAUUGAAGAAUACAUCAAAAAUAAAUGUGAUGAUUCCUUUAAGAAGCUGAUCUCUGACUGUGGAGGAAGAUAUCAUGUGUUUAAUAACCGUAAUGGAGAAAACCGCAGACAAGUCAGUGAGCUGAUAAACAUGAUCGACACCAUACUGAAGAGAAAUGGAGGCAGCUGUUACACUAAUGAGAUGCUGCAAGAGGCCGAAGCAGCGAUACAGAAAGAAGUGGAGAAGAUCCUGAAGGAGAAGGAGGAGAUGAAGAGAGAGAGGGAGGAACUAGAAAGAAAACAUGAGGAAGAAAAGAAAGACAUGAAAAGAAAAAUGGAAGAAGAGAGAGCAAAAACUGAACAAGAGAGAAAACAGAGAGAUGAACAACUCAAGGAAAUGGAGGAGAAGAUAAAGAAGGAGCAAAUAGAGAAAAUGAAGAAGAAGUAUGAGGAGGAGGCCAGAAAACAAGCUGAAGAAUUCAAUGACUUCAGAGAGAAAACGGAGGAGGACUUUGCAGCUCUGAUAGACAAACACAUGAAGGAAGUGAUGGAUCUGAAGCAACAACAUGAGAAACACAUGCAGGAGAAACAGGAGGAAUAUAAAAACUUAAUGGAUCUCUCAGAACACAAAGAAAAGACUCUGAAACAAGUCAUGGACGAACUGCAGGACAAACACAAACAAGAGAUGACCGACUUGAUUCUGCUUCUUCUGACCCGAAAGAAAGAAAACAGGAGCAAAAUAAGUUCAAUGCAGAAAACACACAGAAAAGAGAUGGAGAACCUUAUGAAAGAGCUUUCAAUCGAAAACAGGAGACAAGAGAAGGAUCAACUGGACGAAUUCAAGAAAAGACACAAAGAAGAAAUUAAAUCCUUGGACAGAGAACUUCAGAACCAAAGUAAAGAAGAGCAGAAGAGGAGAAGGAACAAGCUGUCCAUCAAACAUGACCAAGAAAUCAAUGAGUGGAGACUGAAAUUUGUUGCCCUACAGCAUCAAAAGCAGAAGGAAGAAGUGGACGAACUACAGAAAGAACAUGAGCAGAAACUGAAUAAAUUCAAACAGAAACUUGUGGAAGAAAAUAAAAGAAACGAGAAAGAAAAAAUCGAUGAGCUGCAGAAGAAACACGAAGCAGAAAUAAAAAAGUUGAAAAAGCAAAUCACGACCCAAGAUGAAGACGGUGACGGUGAAGAGCUGGAGGACCUGCAGAAGAAACAUGAAAGAGAAAUGAAUGAACUGAAAGAGAAACUUCUGGCCCCAGAGAAGCAGGGAUCCUGCUGCAUUGCAUGA